AUGAUAAAUGAUGUGGAUAUGCCAGUCAGGCAAGCAGCUGCCAUUUAUUUAAAAAGAGAAAUUGAAUCUCAUUGGGGAGGAAAAGAAGUAGAACCUGGACAACCGAUACCUUAUACAAUUCACGAACAAGAUAGAGCCAUGAUUAGAGAUGCAAUUGUUGAUGCUAUAGUUUGUGCUCCAGAUUUAGUUAGAGUUCAAUUAACACAAUGUCUUAGUACCAUAAUUAAAUAUGAUUUUCCAGCUAAGUGGACGUUAAUAGUUGAUAAAAUUAGCAUUUAUUUACAAAAUCCAAAUGCAUCAGGGUGGUUUGGUGCAUUAUUGUGCUUGUAUCAACUUGUUAAGAAUUUUGAAUAUAAAAAAGCUGAUGAUAGAGUUCCUUUAAAUGAAGCAAUGAAUCUUUUAUUUCCUAUGAUGUACCAAUUGUGUGUACAACUUUUACCAGAUCAUUCAGAGCAAUCAGUUCUUUUACAAAAGCAAAUAUUAAAAACAUUUUUUGCUUUAACUCAGUACACAUUGCCAUUGGACUUAAUUACUAAAGAUGUAUUUUCACAGUGGAUGGAAAUUUGUAGAGAAGUAGUUGAUAGACCUGUACCAGAACAGACGAAUCAAGUAGAAGAAGAGUUUAGAAUUAAUUUACCUUGGUGGAAAUGCAAGAAAUGGGCAAUUCAUAUAAUGUAUAGAAUGUAUGGUAGUCCGGGAAACGUUUUAAAUGAAUAUAAAGAUUUUUCAGAGUGGUAUUUGAAGACGUUUACUGGUGGAUUUAUAGAAGUAUUGUUAAAAGUUUUGGAUCAAUAUAGAAGAAAAAUUUAUGUUUCACCUCGUGUAUUACAUUUAACACUCAAUUAUAUAAAUCAAGGGGUAAGCCACGCGUUUUCUUGGAAAUUCCUCAAACCUCACAUGUUUACUAUUAUACAAGAUGUUUUAUUUCCACUUAUGUCCUAUACUGAUGCAGAUGCUGAACUUUGGGAUUCCAAUCCAUAUGAAUAUGUCAGAGUAAAAUUUGAUAUUUUUGAGGAUUUUGUGUCACCCGUAACUGCUGCCCAGACAUUGUUGAACUCGGCGUGUAAAAAGAGAAAAGAGAUGUUGGAAAAAACUGUCAUGUUUUUAAUGCAAGUUUUAACCUCCCCUAACGCGGAUCCAAAGCAACUAGAUGGUGCCUUACACAUGAUUGGUACCCUUGCUGACGUUUUGAAUAGGAAGAAAAUAUUUGAAGAUGAAAUGGAAAAUAUGUUGUGUCGGCAUGUUCUACCUCAGUUUUCAAGUCCACAUGGUCAUAUGCGGGCUAGGGCUUGUUGGGUUUUGCAUUACUUCAGCGAAAUCAAGUUUAAGGAAGAUGCUGUUUUAGCCGAAGCCUCUCGUCUCACCAUAAAUGCUCUUUUAACCGAUCAAGAUAUCCCCGUUAAAGUCGAGGCGGCCAUAGCACUUCAAAUGCUGUUGAAUUCCCAGGAUAAAAUUCAAAAAUUUGUCGAAUCUCAAAUAAAACCCAUAACGCUCGAAUUGUUGACUCUGAUCAGAGAAACCGAGAAUGACGAUUUGACGAAUGUCAUGCAAAAACUCGUUUGCACUUACACCGAACAAUUGAUUCCGAUCGCCGUUGAAAUAUGCCAACAUUUGGCCACGACGUUUGGAAACGUUUUGGAAUCGGAUGAAGGGUCCGACGAAAAAGCUAUUGCAGCCAUGGGAUUGUUGAACACAAUCGAAACGCUGUUAACCGUGAUGGAAGACAACGCUGACAUAAUGUCAAAACUUCAACCCAUCGUGCUCCAAGUCGUCGGUGAUAUAUUUCAACAAAGCGUAACGGAAUUUUACGAGGAAGCCAUGUCUUUAGUUUAUGAUUUAACUAGUAAAAAUAUUUCAUCUGAAAUGUGGCAAGUUUUAGAAUUAAUGUAUAAGGUAUUUCAAAAGGAUGGUUUUGAUUAUUUUACCGACAUGAUGCCCUCCUUACAUAACUACGUAACCGUCGAUACGAAUGCAUUUUUAUCAAAUGAAAAUCACGUACUAGCUGUGUUUGAUAUGUGUAAAGCCGUGUUAACCGGUGACGCUGAAGAAGAUUCGGAAUGUCACGCAGCCAAAUUAUUAGAAGUUAUUAUUUUACAAUGUAAAGGACGCAUCGAUCAUUGUAUUCCACCUUUCGUUGAACUUGUGCUACAAAGACUAAUGAGAGAAUUAAAAACAUCCGAACUCCGUACCAUGUGUUUACAAGUAGUGAUAGCUGCUCUGUACUAUAAUUAUCAGCUUUUAUUUGAAACAUUGGAAAAAAUUCAACAGCCGGGAGACAAUGCCGGGGAAUCUAUGACGACUAGGUUUAUUAAACAAUGGAUCAUUGAUACGGAUUGCUUUUUAGGUCUUCACGAUCGUAAACUUUGCGUGUUGGGUUUAUGUCAAUUAAUAUCAAUGUCGCCAAAUCGUCCGCCGAUAUUAAACGAAUUGGCCAAUGGAAUAAUACCUUCUUUAAUUAUAUUGUUCGAUGGUUUAAAAAGAGCUUACAUAGCUAAGGCAAAAGAAAAUGAUGAAGAGGAAGAAGAAGAAGAGGAAGUUGAUCAAGAAGUAUUAUCUAGUGACGAAGACGAUAUAGAUGAUUACGGUGCGAGUAUAGAUUCGUUUCACAGUAAAGGUUUAGCAUCGUUAGUUAAUUCAUCGAGAUUAGAUGUGGGGAGUGAUAACGAAGACGAUGAUCUUAACGAAGAAACUGAAUUAGAAAGUUAUACGACGCCAUUAGACGAAGAUAAUUGCGAAAUAGACGAAUACGUAGUUUUUAAGGAAGUUUUUCAAAAUCUUCAAAUUAACGAUCCAGCUUGGUAUCAAGUAUUAACGGCAAAUUUAUCUAAAGAACAACAGAAUGCAUUGCAAGAAAUACUUGUUUUAGCCGAUCAAAGGAAAGCAGCAGCGGAGAGUAAAAAAAUUGAGCAAAGCGGAGGUUAUGCAUUCCAAACGCACACCGUGCCUACAUCAUUUAAUUUUGGUGGAACUCCCUUAAAACAAUGA